CUUAAAAAUGGAUCUCUCUAUGAAAGCCAGUGGGUUGGAUUUAUGUGUUACGCACUGACCGACAUGUUUAGUGUGUGUUCUGUAUGCACGCUACACUUCCACAGCGAAAGCUCUUCGUGCAGGUAGAAUUACACUAAAUGCAAUGCCUGAACAGGAAAAAAUGGCGGGAAAUUUAGCAGCCAUCGUCAUCUUCUCAAUGCUUUCCUCGACGGUCCAUUUGAUUGUUGCUCAAGCGCCAAGCAUCGAUCAGUUUGCGAAUGUCGUGGGGUUUCGAGGGCAGAGUAUCCAGCUGUUUUGCCGCGUAACCAAUCAAGGAAUGUACGGCGUUUAUUGGUUCGUGGAGAGAGAUCAGGCGGAUGACUUGAUUUUGGGUUUGGGAACAGCGGAUUACGUGAGUCAGCCGAGAUUCAAACUGGAUAUUGACUCUUCGACGGGAUACCACAAUCUCACUUUAAUUGAUUUGACUCCAUUGGAUGCGGGUAGAUACGAGUGUCUGACGUCGGACGGCGUGCAUACUGUAAAUGGAAUGCCCGGGACGUUGGAGGUUGUAGAGGCUGUUGCGCCACCCGCGGGGCCAUCUUGUCACGCGAGAUACCGCGAGCCCCUGUCAGAAGGGGGCGAGAUUUCCCUCACCUGUCUGACCGCAAGCGGUGGAAGACCGGAGUCCACACUCACGUGGUACAAUCCGGUGGGGAAAGGAGUGGGCAGUUCAGGUGUGGGGCCAAACCAUACUGUGAUUUGGCGGGCCACACCUGCCGACGAUGGAGCCGUUUAUGACUGCCGGGAGAACCACCCAUCGCUGGAAGGAAUGCGGUCGUGUACUGUUGGUCCUCUUGCGGUGCUCCACACCCCUGUCGUGGCUAUACUGCCAUCCAGCGCAGGGGCCGACAUUGGCGACUCGGUAACUCUUACGUGCUCAGGAGAUUCCAACCCGUCCGUUGAAACCAUUCAGUGGAUGAUUGGGAACGAAACCGUCAACCUCAUGGCGGAUUCUUCCUUGAACUCGACCCGGUCAAGAUAUACCAUUGAGGAGGGGACAGUGAACGGAGACCUGCAGUCAAAUCUUACCAUUGCAAGCGUCAGGGAAUUAGACUACGCUCUCCAGAUAACCUGCAUUGCCUGGAAUGUCAAUUCUUCAGGAAAUGCCUCGGUUAACCUCAGCCCUCCAAACCCACCCCUCCGACCAGGCACGCCAGGGACCGCAGACAACGGGAUAGAGAGUGAUCCUCUGUUGAUCAUAGCCAUAGAUGUAUCAGCCCUCGGGGGGCUUAUCGUCAUAGGGAUUAUCUGCCUGCUUGCACCCCACCUUGGCUGUCUGGUGUGCGAACCCUGUCGCCGCAGAAGACGCCAGAGCCAACUCGAAGCGCACGUCAAACUCGAGCGCAGACAACAGGAGCAGAAGCAUCCGGUUGGCAAGACGGGAGCGAUGGUACGCACGAAUGACGCUUUCGAUGAUGAGCAGACGACAACGCACACCGAUGCAAACAACAUUGAUGUGAAAAGAGCGGGAAGGUUGCAGUCCAUAUCUUCAAAAAGUACCGCUAGCUGUUCCACGCUUAGCAACUGCGUGGUCGAAAUGGACAACACAAUAAACCAUGACUGAUAUAAAUACGCUGAGAUGUUUUUCUUUAAUAGUUUACCAGUAAUCUUACUUGGGGAAUGUAUAUUAAGAUAAAAUUAUCCAGUUACUGGAAAGUGAAUAUUACGUAGUCAUUUUUUGGUUUCCAAAAGUUUACACAUUCUUCUUUACUGUUACGCAAAACCAUUUUUUUUACUUAGCAGAGGCAGGAUAGGCCACUUCUUCUCUGCUGUUCCUUAAGUAAGAUCUACCACUCUAUCCACCGGUUUACAAGCCGUGAAAUAGUACGUGGACACGUACGUAAUGUUUGAAAUGCAUCUUGAACUUUUCCAUCGCUACAUUAAGUUUAUAACAUGAAUAAUAAUAAUAGCAUAUUAUUUAAAAAACACUUUCCAUUUCCGUGACAUCACAAAACGCUGUACAUUAAAAAGUCAGAAAUGAAAUUAACUAAAAUUUCUGAAUUGAUAAAAAUUAAAUAAAUUUCUGAAUUAGAUUAACUGUAUGCGGAUGCAGCAUCCACGAAGAGGGGGUUCCCCUCAAAAUGGCGUUGACAGCCGACCACAUCAGAACACAUAUUCUGCUUUAAUAUCUUGGUAAAGCUUUUAAAGAAGUGGGUAGUACUUGAGUGACCACUUUACAGCAUAAGAAACGAAGGAAAAAAGAUUUAGAAAGGCCUCAAAAACUUUAAAACAAACAAAACAAAAAAGACAGUUUGUCGGCGGCGCCUCCUCUAUUACAAUGAAUAACUUCACGUAGUUUGACGUUUGCAUAUUUUAGAGCUUGACUCAUGGAACACUUCAGAAAAGUUACCGAAAAAUUCCUGGUUCAUCCAUGACGAAA